ACAACUGUGAUGCGGUGAAUUGUGGCCCUGGCAACAACUGCACGAGGGAUGAGAGCGGAGAUCCAUCCUGUAGUUGCAGCACUGGCUUCACGCCGUCUUCUGACAAACUCUCUUGCAUUGGCAACUGUGCUGCGGUGGACUGUGGGCCUGGCAACAAUUGCAUUCUGGAUGCGAACGGAAAUCCAUCCUGCAAUUGCAGCACUACCUACACACUAUCUCCUGACAAACUUUCUUGCAUUGGCAAGUGUUCUGGGGUGGACUGUGGAAUAUAUGGUUAUUGCGAUUUGAAGGAGAACGGGGAUCCAACCUGCAAGUGCUUGCAGGGCGCCCAGCUGCUUCCAGACAAACUGUUUUGCGCCAACCCAGAAUGCGACGUGUUGGGUUGCGAACCAUAUGGGCGUUGUGUGUACAAAAAUGGAACACACUCUUGCCAAUGGGAUUCAGUUUGUGGCAAGUGCCCCAUGAGAGCCGACUGCGUUAAGGUCUAUACUACGACAUAUGAAGCGGCAGAUGUGCCAUACUGCAAGUGCCGUCGGGGCUAUGGUCUGACCUCAAAAGGAUGCGAACAGGGUUUACCUGACGAAGUGGCGGCCAGCAGUAUGACACUUAUCCGGGAUGCUAAAGCCAGAGACAAGACUUCCAACCCCUACACCUUCCGCUUGAAAUAUGGGUGCACUCGAUUUCCAGAGGAGGUGGCUGGGAAUUUCUCGCUUCGGUACGAAGUGCACAACAUUGGUGGUGCUCUGGGUUGUCGUCAGCUUCAGCUUUACUCAACGGAUAACUGCACCUCAACCCCUGCGAUGAGGCAAACGGUGUCCGAUGCAACAAUUUCUGCAAUAGCAGCUCGAGGCUCCCCGUUCUAUAAUCACCGCUCUGUCUGGUGUGGUAGCUGA